UAAGCCGUCAUAUCUCAGUGAGCCGGACACUGGAAAAUGUAACUAUUGUUUAAAGAGCGGUCAUUGGAAGAGAGAGUGCCCACUGCUCCAGGGUGGGGAUAAGAAAUGGCCAAUCUCUCCCAGAUGGGACUCGGCAAAAGGGGCGGGGUGUGCAGCCCCGAUGCGUAAAUGGAACCGCACAGGAGAGGUGCAGGUAGAGGCCACUGUCCCUGUAGAAGGUUCAGGCUGUGAGGUGCCUGAUCCCUCUGGACAAGGGCAGUGCAUCUCUGAAUCCGCUGAUGGGCAGAUCAGGGAGGCGUUGCCUGUGCCAGGAGUGCAUGUGAUAUUGGGUAACAUCCUGGCUGGGGCACGGGUAUGGCCAAGCGGGCCAGCACCACCAGUACGGUCAAUAGAGCCCAUAGAGGCUAAUAAACAAGGCGACUGGGUUACAGAGGUUCCUAAGGAUUGCACUGCUGGGGUGACGGGGGCGAAGAGUCGUGCACAAUCAGGGAGGGGUUCAAAUAGGAUAUCAGGACUGAAGUGUGAAAAGAAAUCAGGUCUAAUAGGAUGGUGUGUGUUUUGCCACUUCUUUGGUAUAUUUCUGUCCGGUGAUAAAGUCUUCCGUGCCAUAGGGAAUGUAUUAUUUACUACACAAUUAUCAUUGGUCAUCGUAGUGAAAUGCACCUUCAGAUUCUUCUUUCAAGAACAUACGGGCAGAACAACCAGUUUCUUCCUGGGGGCUGUAUUUGGUGUAGUGAUAGGUUGGCCCAUUGUUGGUGUGGACUUCAAGAUCUUUGGCUUCAUGUUGUUAUACAGUGGUUUUACACCUCAUGUGAAGGGAAGGUCCAUUGUGCAUGGACUAAUGCGUGGUCGCACACUGGGGAUGGGUUGUGCGGGGAUGGGGCUUGCCUGCUGAACUAAUUUCUCUCUUCUCCUGUCUCUUCCCCUGUCCCUCUUAGACUGCUUUUCCAGGGCCUGGAAUUGCUGAGGUGAAUAGGGGGUGUGACUGGUGAGCGGGAUGGAUGUUGAGCGGGUGAUUAAAUAGGGGAUUGGGAUUGUUUAGGUAAAUGGGGUUUUUGGAUAGUGCAGAAUCCCACUUAGGUGGGCUUCUGUCUUAAGGGGGGGGAUGUUACGACCCUGGCGGGUCUAGGCCCCG